GUGUCAAUCUGUCAUUGAUACAGGGAAUGUGCUUUAGCCUUCGUACCACUGAGGAUCCCUUUAAUGAUAGGCAUGGGAAAUUGGAUACUAGAAGAAAGAAAUGAAGAAGCUUGUGCAAUCCCUAGCAGAUGACACGAUGUCGGUUAAUGGGAACAGUGUUCUACAAAGUAAAGGGACCCCAGGUAGAAAUCAUGUGAAGAUGGAGCAUCAAGAACAGGAAAUGGUAAAGGUUAAGAAUUCGGUGAAUGAGCAGAUAAUAUCAGAUAUAUCAAUGGAUGAAGUGGACCAGAAAAUCACAAUCAAGCCAGCAAAAGGACAUGACUUUGAAAAUUCGGGCUGUCCUUCAAAUUUUUUACUUCUGUGCUUGAAUUCAAUAAAAAAUGCCUUGUGGCACGAUGGGAUCUUCAGCGGUGAAGAGGAUAAGCCUUUGUUUGUUGACACGUGGGGAUUUGAGUUUUGGAAAUGCUAUUCAGCUGGAAAAGAUAUAUUAGAGACAAGUGGGGUUUGUUCUACCACGCAGCAGAUUGCUUGGAUAACUUCAACUGCUGCUGAUAGAAUCGCAAGUUUGGAGAAAGAAGGUCUAUCAUUCAACAGUCCCUUUCUUUUGUACCUUGUGCCAUCCAAGGAGAAAGCCACUAAGUUUUUUUUUUCAGCUUUUAACCUCUCCCUUGAGAAUUUAAUUCUUAUGUGUUGUGUUCCAUGGCAUUUGAAGGUACGCUCAGUGUGCAAGCCUCUGAAAGCUCUUGGAAUACAUGCAGUGAGUCUACCUUCUGGUUCUUCCUUAGAUCACCAAAUUCAUGGUCUAAAGAGUUGCGAGCCAGAGUUCAUCAUAUCAACACCUAAGAGGCUUUUGGAACUUGUUUCCUUGAAGGCCAUUGACAUAUCUGGGGUUUCCGUACUGGUGGUUGAUGAUUUGGAAGCUUUUAUUGAAGGUGGUUACUUUGACAUUAUUCAGUCCAUUAAGCAAGCCAUCUCUGGAAAUCCCCAAACUAUAGUUUUCAGUAAUUGCUUGAAUUAUGCGUCCGUUCCACUUGUACGCAACCUUCUGCGGGGAUCAAUCUGCAGAUUAGCACUUAAUGAUUCUAUUGCUAGUCAAAGUGCUUGCAUCAUCCAGUCUGUGCGCGUGUGACCCAGAAGAAAAGCUAUCAAAGGAAUUGGCAUCAUUGUUCAAAUCCUUAACUUUGUGCCUUUGAUGCUAAUACGCAAGGAAAAAAAAAAAAACUAAUAAUGAUCUGUAUCGGUU